AUUUGAAUUUCUGAGUGAACCACCAAAGACUCAAAUUGGACUACGGCGAAGUCUGCAACCAUCUCCUACCUGUGUAAGUAGUACUUGCCAGGUUCUACAAGUGCCAUACAAACCUACUUUAUGAACACGAAGUCUGAAGAUGGCUUCUUUGAGUUCUCUGACGGAAUUUGUUGCCUCUCAAGAUGAACUUCUUCGAGAAGCAGCUUUGACUCUUCCUCACGAAUUCUCUCGCUGCACGUACUCCUUGGGUCCAAUCAGGCAAGCUGUAUACCUUUGCCUCACUUGCCAGUUGCCCCGCGGCAUGUGUUCUUCGUGCUCCAUCGCGUGCCACACGGACCACGAGCAAAUAGAAUUAUUCCCCAAGCGCAAUUUCCGAUGUGAUUGCCCAACAACGGCUAUCCCACACGGGUGCACUCUGCAUCGUAGUCAAGAGGAGGAAAACAGGGAAAAUUCAUAUGACCAGAACUUUAGGGGCAUUUUUUGUCGAUGUGGCAGACCAUACGAUCCAAAAUGCGAGAGGGAAACAAUGAUCCAGUGUCUCGCGUGCGAGGACUGGUUCCACGAGUCGUGUCUACACUUACGGCCACGACCAUCCUCGCGGGAAUCAUCUCCUGUUCCUGAACAUGAAGUCACAGACCACGCCGGUAAUGAUGCCGAAGACAACCAGUCUGAAGCCUCCUCUUCAGGGCUGCCUUUGCCGCUCGUAUCUGCUGAGGACUAUGAUGCAUUCGUCUGCUCUUCGUGCGUUCGUUCGAUCGAUACCAUUCGCCGGUAUGCUGGUACACAAGGUGUCAUAAUGGUGGUUCGUGACACAGAAGAUAGCCCAUGGAGGAAACUGGGCAAUAACCCUUCGGAUGCGCCGACAACCACGGAAGAUGAUCUACUGGAUAUAGAUGAUUCCUUGGCUGCCCCUGGGCAAAAACGAAGUCGGUCGCAUUCUUUCCACUUGGAGGAGCCAGAGCGGAAAAAACAACAUAUCUCACCAGAGCCAUCCUCGCCUUGUCUUGCCCCAGCACCAAAUUUGAUAGCACAAGCAAUGCUUCAGGGUUCACAGCAACUGUCAGAUAUAAAAGUAUCCCUGAGUGAGGGUGACGUUUUUUUGACUGAAGGUUGGCGUGAACGGUGGUGUCGUUGCAGUCGUUGUUUUCCAUCUCUCAGCGAUCGUCCAUAUCUCCUUGAGGAAGAAGAAACUUACGAGCCCCCGGAAGAUCCUGAUUCUGCUCUUUCUCUGGAGGAACUCGGUAUGCGCGCAUUGGAGCGCCUGCCUCGUGAUAGGGCGAUUGAUGGGAUCCGAGCUUUCAAUGAUAUGCGGGAUGACUUGCUUGCAUAUCUCCGGCCGUUCGCACAGGAAGGCAGAAUAGUUGGCGAAGCUGACGUCAGGCAGUUUUUUGAAACAUUGCACGAAAGCAAACACAAUUCUUGAUUGUGUUUGCGACUGUAGCAUUUGUGUUAUAUCAGGUAUUUUCUUUGUUCUCCGCAUAACGUCGGAACUCAGUUAUAACAGUUUGGUAUU